AUUAACUUCUUGUAUAGUGAAUAUAUCGUAUAGUCAACGCAAGAUAAAAAAUGGUCAGAAGGUAGCUGGGCCGAAAGUAUAUAUGGCAUACCUUCUAAAAGCAGGACGUUCACCCCAAAAAUAUGACGCUUGGAUUUGUGGGGGUGCAAUAGUAAGUCCAUCUUUCAUAGUGACAUCAGCAGCUUGCGUUGAAGAUGUGCAAUUUAUGUACGCCGUAGCUGGCACUGUUCAUUACGUUAACACAGGAAGACUUGCUGAGGACAAAUGUACUAGAGCGCUCGCGAAACGGGUCGUUUUGAGUUGUGUACCAAAAUCGUACGAGUUCUCCUAUGACAACAUAGAAAAGUGGUCGUAUAUAGACAUUGCUGCAGUAAAAGUGGAAUCGCCAUACAAUUUCUCUUUAACCAUACCCACACCCGAGUGCAAGCACUUACCUGAGAAUGAAAUAUGGAUUCCAGACAGAAUAUAUAUCAACUACGAGGCCAAAUUUCAAAAUCCUGGAACUGAUGCCUUAGUCCUCGGCUGGGGGCAUUCGUCGAAAUGGCGUGAGCCAAGCGAUCCAACAGAUCACAAUGAAAAAUUGCUACAAUAUGCAUCGACCUUGAUACAAAAUAAAACGCAAUGUAAAAAGUACUAUCGCAACUUGACCGAUCUUCAAGCCACUAUUGAUAAGUACAUGAUUUGCACGUUAGCGAAAGGAAAUAUUGACGAUCAAGGUCACCUGAUAGUCACAGAGAAAUCAAACGUAGAUGGUUGUUCAGACAACGACAAGAAAGCAGGAAGAUGUAAAUUAGAAAGAUUAGGACCACCACCACCACCGAUUCCAAUUCCGUCUAUUUACGACUUUGACGAUGUCUAUGUAGACUUUCGGCGAUCUAUUCCGAACAACACACGUAUAACACGACGACAUGGAAUAUGCCAGAACGAUCAUGGCGGUCCAUUGGUAACGUGGAUUGGUGCUCACGAAGUGCUGAUCGGGGUCGCCUCGGUAUUCCGGAUAUCCCACGAGUUAGAAUGUAUCGGUCCAUACCUUUACACGAGCACACAAUGCAAUGGGCAGUUCUUACAAUGCGUAAUCGAUGAUAACACAGAGCACGAGCAUGAUACUGAUGACGACGACUCACGCCGAAAACAAAAAGAUGUUUGCAACAUGGCUCCAGCUGAAAGGGGAUUCGAUAUCAUUGAGCGAAGAAUUUCAUGGAAACAUCAUCCUGAUGGACCCGCCGAGAAUGAACUGAAAGAAGAAAUCUUUGAACGGCCACAAAUACCAUUACAUAACUUGUAUAACCGUUUUUAGUCAACGACUAGUCAAAGUGAUAAUGGUAGUAAUAGUGUUCAAAGAGCAGGAAAAACCGGGGCAUCGGUGAAAUAAAAACCGUGACGUCACUAAUAGUAUCAGAUUUGAUUAUGUAAUAUAAGGUGCGCGACAGCACUCUUUUACUUUUGUCUAUAGUUUCUUCUUUUAUAUUUUGUUAUCUUUUAAAAUAUUUACAUCAAGUAUUUUAUACAACCGAUUUUCAUAAAAAUAUAAGUUACACUCUUUUGUAGGACCAUUUGUGGUCCUUUUCAACUGUUUUGUUAAACCAAUGAAGUA